UAUCUGAUGGGCUUGUGCCUGACUUUCACAUGGGCGGAGAAGCAGUCGGUCAACUGACACCUUAGAUCAAAUGCUACAGAUGAGGACGCGUUGCUCAUUCACGCCUUGUCUCUUUUCCCCACCUCCUGCCCCCACUAAUCCUAUUCCACGUGAUCAUAAUGAAUAGGGUUCCCAGAACUCGUCCCACUGUAUUGCUAGUUCUACCCUCCUUGUGUAGUAACUGCCUUCGGUAUAAUUGGCUCGUUCGUUCCUGGGAGGUAUGUGAUAUAUUCUCUGAAAUUCAUAGGAUUAACAAGCAUCAUGUUAGCAGAGAAUGUACAUUUCCGCGUUACUAUGAAUGUCCUGCCUGCUCAAGCUUUAUCUGCGCCUUCCAAGCGCAUAUUGUCAUCCAGCAAAGAGAUAUGCACUCUACGGCGCAGCAACUUAUCUCCGACCACACUGGAAGCACUACAAGUCCCGAAGUUUAUGUGCAAGCAAGACCGCCUUAAUUUAGAGGACCUGGUGGCUGAUGAGCAGGACUACACAAUAUCUGGACCUGAGACUCCCAGAGCAGUUGACGAGCUAAUGGCUGCUGGCGUUCUUCGCGAGCUUGACGAGUUGCUCAGAAUGUAAGGGACAUUGAUUGUAACGAGUAUAUCUGCUGGUCGUGUACUAGUAUUUUGCAAAUAAUCAUCGUUGUCGGCAUGCAGAAUCCCUAGCUUCUCAUUGGUUGGACUACCUGUUUGUAUCACUCCCGAACUCGUUUCCGCAUCACGAGUUGAAUGAGGUACGCUUCGUUUCAACUCGUUAGUCUGAACUGUGUUGAUUUACCAGAAUUUUCCAUCUCGAUUCGUUUCGCCUCGGCAACACUAGACAAACACG